GUUCGGGAAGGUCAGGGACUGGGAAUAGUUUUCGUCCACGUUACUGAGAACGCAGUCUUCUUCCUCCCUCAUGCGCUGCUCCGAAGCGGCUGCACCAAAGCGAACGCGGACAGCGCCAUCGAUGGUGGACGGACGAUUCCGCAUUCUCGAAGUCCGCAGUAUGUCGGUGAGGAACGAGCUGAGGACUAUCGGAUAGACAGCGCAGACGACUUGGCCGCGCGACUGCUUGAGCACAGAAAUGAGUCAAGCUUGUAUCUUUCAGAGGAAGCGUACGUAAAAUUCUCUUCAAGGUCUGCCGACAUCGUGUGCCACAUUCUCUCAAAGACGCUGUUACACUUUUUGGAGACCGAGUGUCAACUUGGAGUACAGUGGGUCAGCGAGACUGGCGCAAAGACCACACAGUUUCUUCUGGAGAUGAAAACGCCAGCGAUUAGGGAACACUUCGUUUGUCACCCGAGAGUGUGCGUUGAUGUGCUUCAGCCACCUGGCAAACCCCGCUUAUGUCGUGUUUUUCUGCGAGGCCGCCCACGGAAAGAGUCGCACGAAAAGAAGAUGCGGCGACGCGAUUCUCCAGUCAAACCAAAGGGACUGCGUGCCCCUGUGGACACGUGUGAUUUUGUGUUCGCUUUAUUACGACGGGCGGCUGAAGAGAGAAGUACUCUCCCGAGUGAAAAAGAGGUUUCACAGAAUUCGUUUUGCAGCAACAGCAUGCGGCCGCUCGCAGGUGUCUACGUCAUACCAAAAAGCUACCUCCGCACGCUCGGUACCUCGGGAGAACUUCCGUGGGACUUUUACCUUUUCCCAUCUGGAACAGCUGGAGAAAUAGGAACUGCAGAAGAAAUCCCGGUAAAAAACAGGAGGACUUCGUUGAGCACUAGCAACUUCGACUUGAAGAAGUCACGCAUUGCCUACGAAACCGAAAACUUUUUUCUCGAUUUGUCGAGUGCAGGAAGCAAAAAGGCAGCCGCCACAAAGCUGGGUAGCAUUUUACAGAACUUUCGCCAAGAAAAGAAAGUGCAGGAACUCGAAAGUGGCCAGAAUGAACGUCCCUCUAGAUUUGAGAAGAUGGAGAAAGCUGAUCUAAUGUUCGCGCAAGCUGGCGCUCCUGCAUAGGGUCGCUGGGUGAAAUGAUAGAUACAUUCAUAUUGCACUCAUGAUGUACAGAGAGCUAAAUCUUGGAUGUCGAAAUCUUCAUUUUGUGUUGUUUUUGUAAGUCAUAGCACGCAGGCAAGGGCGUUGUUACUAAAGAAAAACUCACUUCAGACUCAUCUACUCUUUAGCUGGAUCUUUCGC